AAUGCCACACUCUGUCCUUGGCUCUCCUUCAGUAGUGUCUCGUGCUCAGAACUGUGGUAUUUUCACUUGGUAUCCAGAUACGCAUGAUGACAAGCAAGACUACUACGAUCUUAAGUGUGUUUGUGCUGGUGACGGUAAUUGCUAUCUGUUCCGGACAACCACCAAAAGAUCCAAGAGAAACCGCAGCAUUUCCGGUGAGCGGUUUUGAAUUCACGUGCCAAGGAGGCUGGCCCAAUGGCCUGUACAUGGAUCACCAUAACUGUACCCGGUUCUACCACUGUGUGAACGGGAAGCUGCUGAAGUCGUACCAGUGUCCUUUCAUGAGACCUUUCUAUGACAAACACAAAAGUCAGUGUGAAAACGCCGGGAAUGUGAGGUCACAGUGUCUUCACACUGGCAAGAGGGUGUCGCCACCGGUGAGGUUCAAGUGUCCUGACGCGUCCUUCAGCGCCUACCGACACCCUGAUUGUACCCGGAUGUUCCUCUGCUUUGCGGGGAGGUCCAGCGUGGCCAUCUGCAGCAACGGGCUUUACUUCAGUGAGAAAGACGGGCGAUGCGCCCCCUACCGGAACUCGACGAAUGAGUGCGCUGUAUGGGGCGAUAGGAUAACUUGGCCCGGCUACGAAUUGACGACAUCAACAACAGCGACACCAUUACCACGAAUCACCAUCUCCGGCCAAUUUACCACGACCACUACCACCGUUUCCACGACAACCACAACCACUACCCCGAAACCCACCGAGGCCAAAUUCACCUGCCCGACUGUGGGGACCGAUUUCUUCCCUCACCCCGUGUAUUGUAACUCGUUCUACCUGUGUUCCCGGGGGAAGCCGUCAAUACUGCAGUGCCCGGGGGACGCGUACUGGUUCAGUAAGACCAGGAAGAACUGCAUUGCCAGAGCCAAUAUGAAGAAUGAAUGUAACGAAGCAGGGAUACGGUGGGAGUCGGUGACAACUACCACUCCGGCCCCAACAACGACGCCGCCAUAUGCCUGCAAGGGCAAGAUUGGCAACUUCCCCCACCCCACAGGAUGCAGCGCCACCUAUUUUCAGUGUCUCAGCGGUGGGAGGGUACUCGAAAUGCAGUGCGCGGGAGAUCUUGUUUUCAACCCGACAGGGGGCGCUGGUGGAAUGUGUGACUUGAGGAGUAACACCUUUUUCUGUGAAGAGACUCCAGAUCUCACUACCCAGGCAGCAGCUAAAACAACGAAGCCUCCUUUUGACCCUCGCGUCUACCUGUCUCCUGUAAACUGUAGCGAGGCUGGAGACGGAUGGUACGCCGAGCCCAGGAACUGCUCCCUCUAUCACCAGUGCUACAACGGCGACCACAGAGUCGGCGUCUGCCAGAACGGCGGCUUCUUCAACCCAUCCGGGAUGUUCUGCGACGCGCCGGGCAACGUCAGAGACAUUUGUCAACGUAACGGGGUCCCUAUACUGCAGUGUAAGCAACCGAACAUCUUCUUCGUCCCGCAUCCGUAUGAUUGCACCAAGUGGUACACCUGCUCUAAGGGCAAAGUUCGCCGAACCCCCAACUCCUGCCCCGAGGGUUCCAUCUCCGUGUACAGCAAGUGUACCACCCACCUGAAAGAUUACCCAGAAUGCAGCGUGGACCUCAACCGUGGAUACUUCUAUGGUGAGAAAGAAAAGUCAACAACACCUGCCACAACAACUACAGAGCCAACCACAACGGUUGAAACCACACCUGGUCCAGUUCUGUGUGACACAUUCGGGAAGCCCAUCUUUAGACACGAGACCGAUUGCACGGUGUAUUACCGCUGUCUCUCAGGAAUACGGGCCACGGUGGCCUGCGCAAAUGGCACGUGGUUCAAUCCUACCAUUAAUGGGUGUGACAAUAAGGAUAAUGUUAAAGACUGUUACGAAGGAAAAAUAUUCACAGGUAAACAUCCGGGCCUUACCACGGUCACGACAACACCUGAACCUACGACUACAACGAAAAAGACCACCCGGAAGAUCGUCCAAAAAACCACCAGGCCCAGAGAGAAGCAAACUACGAAAAAACAACCGAAAGAGGAGCAUGCAACGACAGAGAACAGCUUCCGGGUAACUCGGCGUCCAAAGUUUUGCGUGAGCGGUCAUUGCAAGGGCGGCGCAGGCGCAACACGCAUGUCGGAAUGGAUUGCGGUAGUUGUGAUACUGGUUGUGAUGGAUGCGUUAAGAUGAGCGAUGUUCAAAUGUGCUUCUUUAUCACUGAGAAUCAUCUAAUAGUGAAUGUGUUUAUAAAACAUCAUGGGUAACUGCAUGAAAACGGUUCAUACCAAGCACAGACAGUGAGUACGCUGUGAAUUAUCGGAACUUCUUCAGUGAAAACAACGCAACCUAGAUCACUGAUCUCGUGGAAUUAUAGCCUACCGAACUGAAGUAAUAUCAGUGUAAAGGGUAACCUCUUCAAAGGUAGAGUCAAUGAGUUAAUUAUUUUGUAUUAACAAAGAUCUUGUAGUCAAUAAUACACUCAACACUCAAUAAUCAGUAGUAUAUAGUUUACUGUAAAUAACCCAGGAAACUUAUCAAUAUCGAUGACAAAAUGUAAAUACAUUAAUCAAGAAGACGGUUUCAUGGACAUUUACACGUGUACAAUUCUUGAAAACACACAUUGUUCUUUAAGUCAAAGAACACAUAUUGAUAUUUUUGUCAUAUCAUAUCAUGUUAUAUAUAUUGGGGAAUUAGAAGUUCAUCUUUAAUAAAAUUUGCCAUUUAUAGAGAAAAAGCAGUAACACGUAUGUCGGCCUUUUGAUUAAAAGAAAAAAUCAGUGCAACCUAUUAAUGUACAUAGUUUUGAUAUAUUGUUACAACCAAGUUAUACAAUAAUAUAACUUUGAAUGGUGUAGGCAGAUCUAGAGCAGAGAAAUAAAGGAUCAAGGUUAUCUUACUUCAGGAGACUCAGACCCCUUUUAGACCAAAGUUUAAGUCUACAUUGACUUCAUAUAAACCUGAGCCAUUCUGUGGACGAAGCAUUGCGCUUGUUUUAAUUCAAAUUUAAAUAACUAAUUCGGACCAGCACUUACUCUAUUUGAACUAAUUGUGAUCACCUUUUCAAAUAGAAGCAAACCAAUCUUAUCAAUAUUUUUCGGACUGAAUUUUGCAGCAGAUUUUUAGUGAAAUUUUAGUGAUUAUGUUGAAUAAA